AUGGCCACUUCUCAUCAUAUAUUGCUCUCUUUUGUUUUUCAUUUUCUUCUUCUCUUUUCACUGCUGCCCUUGGAGACUGCAACUUCAGAAACAACAGAGGGAAGAGCCCUUCUCAAAUGGAAGAACACCCUUUUCAAUACUGAUGCUCUUCAUUCUUGGUCCACUGCUAAUCUUGACAACAUUUGUUGGAAUUGGACGGGUAUCACUUGCAACAAUGUUGGAGCUGUUUAUAAGAUAAAGCUGGACAAUUUCAGUCUCUCAGGUACACUUAAAAGUCUUGACUUCAUUUCAUUUCCAAAUCUCACCCGUUUUAGCCUCCAUAAUAACAGCUUUACUGGAUCAGUUCCAUAUGCAAUUGCUAACCUUUCCCAGCUUGUUUUCUUGGAUCUCAGUUGGAACCAUUUUGAAAAUUUUAUACCUGGAAGAUUAACAAAUCUCCGGUUCUUGAACCUUGGACUAAACCGUCUUAGUGGUACUAUUCCCUCAGAAAUAAGCCAUCUUCAACGCCUUACUUCCCUCUCCUUAUAUGAAAAUUCUUUGACUGGCCAAAUUCCGGAAGCAAUAUUCUCCAAUUUGACCAACCUUCAAACUUUUGAUUGUGGAUGGAAUAUGUUCCGUGGGGCAUUUCCAACAAGUUUUCUCAAGCUAUCGAAGCUUAAACAACUUGACAUAAGUUACAACAGUUUCUAUGGGUCAAUUCCUCCUACAAUUGGAAAUCUAAGUUCACUAACCAACCUUGAUCUGAGCUACAACAUGUUGGAAGGAAAUAUUUCCGAAUCACUAUGCAAUCUUCACUCCCUUAACACUCUUUAUUUAUCUUUCAAUAAGUUUAGUGGUCUGUAUCCUCAAUGCCUUGGAAAUAUUACCUCACUAACACAUCUUUCUCUAGAUUCUAAGGUAAUGCAUGCGAAUAUUCCUAGAAUACUAUGCAAUCUUCACUCCCUUGAAGGCCUUUCUUUAAAUUACAAUUAUUUUGGUGAUGUAAUUCCACAAUGCUUGGGGAAUAUAACAUCAUUAACACAUCUUUCUCUUCUUUCCAACACCAUGCAAGGAAAUAUUCCAAGAGCACUUUGCAAUCUUCCUUCCCUUGAGGAUCUAUAUUUGUCUUUCAAUAUUUUGGGAGGUCCUAUUCCACAAUGUCUAGGAAAUAUAACCUCACUAAAAGUUCUUUCACUCAGGUCUAACACUGGGCAAGGAAAUAUUCCAAGAGCACUUUGCAACCUUCCUUCCCUUGAGGAUCUAUAUUUGUCUUUCAAUAUUUUGGGAGGUCCUAUUCCGCAAUGUCUAGGAAAUAUAACCUCACUAAAAGUUCUUUCACUCAGGUCUAACACUGGGCAAGGAAAUAUUCCAAGAGCACUUUGCAACCUUCUUUCCCUUGAGGAUCUAUAUUUGUCUUUCAAUAUUUUGGGAGGUCCUAUUCCGCAAUGUCUAGGAAAUAUAACCUCACUAAAAGUUCUUUCACUCAGGUCUAACACUGGGCAAGGAAAUAUUCCAAGAGCACUUUGCAACCUUCUUUCCCUUGAGGAUCUAUAUUUGUCUUUCAAUAUUUUGGGAGGUCCUAUUCCGCAAUGUCUAGGAAAUAUAACCUCACUAAAAGUUCUUUCACUCAGGUCUAACACUGGGCAAACCUCACUAAAAGUUCUUUCACUCAGGUCUAACACUGGGCAAAGAAAUAUUCCAAAAGCACUUUGCAACCUUCCUUCCCUUGAGGAUCUAUAUUUGUCUUUCAAUAUUUUGGGAGGUCCUAUUCCACAAUGUCUAGGAAAUAUAACCUCACUAAAAGGUCUUUCACUCUGGUCUAACACUGGGCAAGGAAAUAUUCCAAGAGCACUUUGCAACCUUCCUUCCCUUGAGGAUCUAUAUUUGUCUUUCACUAUUUUGGGAGGUCCUAUUCCACAAUGUCUAGGAAAUAUAACCUCACUAAAAGGUCUUUCACUCAGGUCUAACACUGGGCAAGGAAAUAUUCCAAGAGCACUUUGCAACCUUCCUUCCCUUGAGGAUCUACAUUUGUCUUUAAGCAGUUGGGGAGGUCUGAUUCCAAAAUGUUUGGGAAAUAUGACCUCACUGAGAUCUCUUGAUCUUUACUCCAACAUGUUGAAAGGAAGUAUUCCAAGAUCACUGUGCAAUCUUGGUUCCCUUGAGUCUAUUGAUUUAUCAAACAAUAGGUUGGAAGGUUUGAUCCCAUGGUGCUUUGGAAAUAUAACCUCACUGAGAUCUCUUUAUGUCUACUCCAACAUGUUGAAAGGAAGUAUUCCAAGAUCACUGUGCAAUCUUGGUUUCCUUGAGGAUAUGGAUUUAUCGAACAAUAGGUUGGAAGGUUUUAUCCCAUGGUGCUUUGGAAAUAUAUUUUCAUUGACAUCUCUUAACCUCUACUCCAACUUGUUGAAAGGAAGUAUUCCAAGAUCAUUGUGCAAUCUUGGUUCCCUUGAGGUUAUGAUUUUAUCAAACAAUAGGUUGGAAGGUUUGAUCCCACUGUGCUUUGGAAAUCAAUCCUUAAUAAGUUAUAUUGAUCUUAGCACCAACAAGCUGAACGGAAGUAUUCCAGGAUCAUUAUGCAAUCUUCAACUGUCUCUUGAAGUGCUCAUUUUAUCCAACAACAGUUUGGAAGGCCCAAUUCCUCAAUGCCUGGGAAAAUUGAAAAUUUUGACAACUUUAAUUGUUUUUGAAAACAAACUUGGAGGCAUGUUAGCUUCAACUGCAGUCCCAUCAACUAGUAAUGUCAUAGAUCAAACAACAAAUUCUAGUUUGAUUUAUGGAACGGAUACAUGGUUGUGCAGUUUGAGUUCCUUACAAUUUCUUGAUCUAUCAGACAACAAUUUACAUGGUCCACUGCCUCAUUGUUUAGAGAACUUCAGCAAGGAACUUACUGUCAUUAAUUUAGCAAGAAAUCAUUUUCAGGGGUUUAUUCCAGGAAUUUGCAGAAUCGGAAACAUCUUGGAGUAUUUCAAUUUGAAUGACAAUCAAUUGAGAGGCCCAUUGCCUAGAGGUUUGAGAAACUGCAACAACCUUAAAUUUCUAGAUCUGGGAAACAACAGGUUUCGUGAUUCAUUCCCUCAUUGGUUAGAUACUCUUCUUGAUUUGCGUGUUCUUGUCUUGAGAUCUAAUCAUUUUUAUGGUGAAAUAUGCACUUCUAACACUACACUUCCAUUCCCAAAGUUGCAUAUAUUUGAUAUCUCACACAAUGAGUUCAAUGGUCCUUUGCCAAGGUAUUAUAUGGAAAACUUUGAAGCCAUGCAAAGUUCAAAUGAAAAUGAAAGUUUAACAUCGUAUGAAGCUUCAAUAAGCCUAGUGUGGAAAGGAGUGGAGCUUCAAGUGGUGAAUUAUAAUAUAUGCACAUCCCUUGAUUUAUCCAAUAACUACUUCGACGGUGAGAUUCCAAAAUCUUUGGGCAAGUUAAGUUUCAUUCGGUUUCUCAAUCUCUCACACAACCAGCUCACUGGUUAUAUUCCACCUUCAUUUGGAAAUUUGAAGAUUCUUGAGGCACUCGAUCUAUCAGCGAACAAACUAGUGGGCGCGAUUCCAGUACAACUUUCAAGAUCCUUGACGUUUCUUGCUGUAUUGAAUCUUUCUUAUAAUAACCUUUCUGGUCCUAUACCUAAUGGCCCACAGUUUGACACCUUUGACAACAAUUCCUAUAUAGGAAACACAGGUUUGUGUGGAUUUCCACUAACUUUGAAAUGCCAAAACAGAGGUGAAGGAAAAGCACCAGAUGUGGAGGAUUCACACAAUUUUGGGAGUGGAUUUGGUUGGCGAAGUGUUGUUAUUGGAUACAGUUGUGGUAUGCCAUUUGGUAUUUUGAUAGGAUAUCUCAUAUUCAAGUAUGGAAAACCACGGUGGCUUAUAAAGUAUAUACUUGGGAAUUGAUAGUUGGAGUGCAAGAGUCAAGAGGAUGGUGAGAUGAAGCAAUGCAGCAGUCUUAGUGUGUGGUUUGUUGUGGUUUUCUUUGUUUGUUUUUACAGUUUUUGUUGUCUUCAUUUUCAUGCCAUAGGUGUGUGAUUGUUGUAGUGUUUGGUUUGUAAUUGUUCUCAUUUUG